AAACAUCGAUAUCUGGAUAUUAAUACAAGUUAGUGACAAUUUUGCAGAUAAUAAGCUUUCUCCUUUUCUUUCUGUUCAAUUCGAUUUUGAUUUUGCAAGAUUUAUAAAUGGUGUAGCGUUUAGCAGCGCACAGCAAUCACAGCAUUUAUUUUGUGGAAAUCGCGGUUAAUCGUCUUCAAGCACAUCGACAACCAUGGUAAUGCAAUGGCUGAAUAUCUUCGAGGGAACACCGGGCGCCCUGGGGGAUUCCGGUGAGGCAGCGACUACAUCCGUUUUAACCCGUGUGACGGGCACCGUGGACCGUCUGACCACCGAAUACCUGGGCGCGGCCAAGCCCUACUUCGUGGCCUUCGGGGUGGGCACGGCGGCCGUGAUGGGUGCGUGUGCCACUUGGGAGUUGUCCAAGGGACUCUUCUCCUACGUGCUGGCCAAGCCCCUGCAUCUCGGCAAAGAUCUGAAGAAGUUCGGCACCUGGGCUGUUGUAACGGGAGCCAAUACGGGAAUCGGUCGGGUUUACGCUUUGGAGCUGGCUCUGCGGGGAUUCAAUAUUGUUCUGGUGGCACGCAAUGAGGAGAAGUUGGAAGUUACUGCUAAAGAAAUUCGCGAUAUUCACGGUGUAUUCACAAAAAUCGUGGUUGUGGAUUUUGAGGAUGCCGGACUGGACAACUACCUUCGCGUUCAAGCACAACUUCAAGGCUUGGACAUUGGCGUGCUAGUGAACAAUGCCGGACUGGGACCGGAAGAUCCCAUGACGGAAUUCCUCGAUAAUCCACCUGAUGCCGAGAAAUGUAUCGCCAUGAUCAACGUCAACAUUUCCGGCGUGGUGAUGAUGACGCGCAUCAUCCUCCCGAGUAUGGUGCAGACCAAGAAGGGCUGCAUUAUCAACAUCUCGUCGGUCAACGGCGAUAUUCCCGCACCGAAAUCCGCGCUGUACUCCGGCACCAAGGCCUUUGUCGACUUCUUCUCACGCGCCUUGACGGAAGAAUACAAGAGCAAAGGCAUUAUUGUUCAAUGUGUGAUGCCUGGCGCUGUAAUGACGAAGAUGGUUCAGAACAAGGAUAAAGAUUCCUUCUUCUGUGUUAACCCGGAAGAUUUCGUUCCCUCGGCGCUGGCCCAGGUCGGACUGCGCUCGCAGACGUAUGGUCACUGGAAGCAUGCUCUUCAUAUGAAGCGCAAGAAGGUGCGCACAUGGCUGUCCUCGUUACUGUAGACGCCCGAGUCAUCAAUCAAUCAUCGUCAGUCGGCCGAUGGGGCUUCCGUAUGUUUUAGCGGUUUUAACGGGUUUCUCACGCGUGUUGUGAAGUUUGAUAUCAUCAUAAAAGCACAUGGACAACGUACUUCGUUACGUACAUUGGGCAGUUUUAGUGGUGUUAGGUUAAUUUCGUGACGUUUCCUAGUUUCCUAAACUGAAUCAUUUGACGUUUCUUAUCCAGUGUGUGCGAGAAUCACAUUGAUGUCUCGUCUGGAUGAAAUUGUUUGCAUUAAAUAAAUCUGGUUUUUAAUGUAA